CGUUGACCUUUGCCUCACCCCGCGAUGAGCGAGAACACAGCUCCUCCCGCGGGCACUCACCUCAAGCCACCGUCGAUGGAAAUUGACCCUAGUCGAACACUGAUCAGCCCUCCGCCAGAAGAGGAUUUGCGGUCGGCGUUCCAGACGAGGCAGAUGAACGGCGCUAACCUGCUCACACCAACUGCACCGACGAAGGCUAAACGCAAGCGUCCCAGCCCGACCCCGGGUGCAACAUCUUACGCAGCAGCCGACAGUCCUUCGAAGCAGACGCCAAACCCCAAACCGCGCAAGUCCCAUCGUCAGGCCCAGUCCGCGGAGGAGUCCCCUACCCGCCCCUCGUUUAUGCUCACACUAUCUUCCCCACACGCGGAUAAUCCCAACGCUGACUGGCUCCCCCCUGCACCUAAGCCUAAUUCCAAGGGAAAGGCCCGUGCAGCGCGCAGUGCGACACCAUAUGAACCGCCCACGGAUGUUUUCACGCCCCCGAGAGAGAUCUUCCUCACGACACCCGCGCCGCAGUCUCGCAGACGCGCGGCUACGCCCAAACCACGCUCGACAACACCCAGUGCGCGCGCACGGACGCCGCUGCGGGUGGUGCUGAGCGCAGUGAAGAUCAAACAAGAGCCGAUGCCGGAUAUCGACUUGACACGACCUGUCACACCGCCCAGUCCGUCUGACGACCCCAUCUUGCUCAUUGGGUCGUCGUCGCCUGCGAAGCGUGGUCGGCGCUCGCUUCCCCCGUCUUCUGAUGGGCCAUAUAACCCAUUUGAUUGGACUGCAAUCGUAGAUUUGGAUGCGCCCGAUGUUCCUUCGACCGACUCUAUGGAUCUGGAUUCCCCAGAAUCUUUCGAUGGUGCUGCGCCACUCAAGGGUCCAAACGUGGAAUGGGAUUCUGACGAUGACGACGGAGACAUUCCCGAACCGAUGAAGACGCCGCCUGUUGUGAAUACCACCCCUACAGAUACGACGACGACGACAAGGACGACUACUACACCUCCCCGCUCGUUACCAUUCACACAUGUAUAUACUACGUCGCUUGCGGCGCCUACAACGCCGCCACCUAAAUCCAAGACACCUCCCGGUACAGCAACUGGAUCGUUCAGCUCGCUACUGCUGCGGACGAAGGCCGAUCCGCCGACCCCGCGCACAAAAGCGCGAGCUGAGCGAUGGGGCGUUUGGGGAUCCCCCUAUCCGGGCCGAGGACCUGAGGAAGAAGGCGAAGGCAGUUUUAGGAUGGAUGGCCGAUAUGUGGGGAGGGACAAUUCGGUGCGGGCUGCCGAAGUGAGCGAGGAUGAGGAGGAUGAGGAUGAGUUGUUGCCGGAGGGGGAGAGUAUUUUGCGAGGGUUGAGGGAGGAGGAUGAACGGCGGGCGGAAGAUGAACAGCGAGAGGCUGACGAGGAAUCAGACGGUGAUGAGCAGGCAGAGAGAGACGAGCAAGAGGCGGAAGAGGACAAAUAUGAGGAUCACGAGUCCUCGCAGCAAGAACAGGAAAACGCUUCGUUGCCCAAGCAGUUCUCGAUCGGUGCCUUCGUGACACCAGGAAAGGGGCCAACGCGGGUUCUCCUGCCUUCCCCGGCGCUGGCGUCUGUGGUCAGACGGGGUUCGCUUAGUCCAACACGGCAGACACCAUUUGCUACCAGGCUUGCGGCGGCAGCAGAAAGCAGAUUCUCAGAGCAGGCUCCGGUCCCAAGCAAUGAUCCUACAAAUGAGGAUGAUGUUGAGAUGAAUGUUGCAGGACCGAGUGUGUUUUCAGGCCGCGGGUUGGCUCUGUCUGACACACUGGCAACACCAUCCCGGGUCCGAGUUGCGAUGCAGCCAGAGUUGGAGGAGGAUGACUCGGCCGACUUGCUCGGUAUGGUCAAGAUCACGAGCAUGGAUCCGCUUGCUGCAGCUCGAGCUGUCGCAAUUCUCAAAGCUCACGAUUAUGAUUGUUUUACGCGUCUCAAGACCCGGCGGCCGGCUUCGUUUGGUGGUAUCAGUAAGACUAAGUCGCCCAUCAAGACGCCCAAACCACAAGUGAUCGGCGAGAACGUCUAUUUCCCGGGGAGUCCCAGGCCAGUCACGACGACACAGUUGUUAGAGGAGGCGGAGAAGAGCCUGAGGACGCCGACGAAACCCGCCAGGCUUGCCCGAGAAUGGACGAAGCAUGAGUGGAAGAUGUUGGACGCCUGUUUCACGGACGAGCGGAUUGACAUGGCAGAGAAGAUGGGGAUGACCCUUAGGCACGAUGAGACGCCUGAGCGGGCUGUGUUGAUGGCUUCUGCUGAUGCUGUUGACUUGGAUGCUGUCGUGAAUCGGUUUGUGCAAGUGGAAGGCGAUCAUUGGGAUCGAGAUGCGAUGAUGCAACGCGCUCAAGCGCUACAGAACAAGCAGAGAGCCGGAAAUGUCGCGCCACCAACGCCGAGGACCUCCCUCGUAUCACCCCAGACACCGAGCCCCAGUGCAUUCAACCAUACGCGAAGGAAGCCGUCGAUGGUCGUGCCUGACUUUACACCACUGGGGAGGAGGGCGAUGCCGCCGAGGAAGAGCCAUGUCGAGCCGCUCGUGCCGUUCCCGACAUCCGGGCGAGCACGAUUUCCCGCGCCUGUCGGUGGGUCGAGUGCGCCGUUUAGUGGGCCAUUGCCGCCGACUCCAGAACCAGCGAGGAACCGGCGAUUGCCGGGGUCACUGCUGGCCCCGAGGUAUUCUCAUUUGCUGGAAGAGGCGAGAGUCGUUGCUCGCGAUGAGCCAGAUGAGGGCGAGGAAGAAGGGAAUGAGGAGGAGGAGAAGGGAGGCGAAGGAGAGGAAGACGAGGAAGAACCAUCGCGUGACGCGGAGAUGCCUCCAGCCACACCGUUGAGAGUAGAGCCGCCCGCACCGCCAGCGUCGAUCGGGAAACGCGUCAAGGGCUUUCUGUUCUCGUAUCUGUCUAGCAGCGCCAAACCCGCCGCGAAACCAAGCAUGGUACCGACUGGCCGGCCACGCUUGCCGCUACCUCCGAAGCAGGUCAAACCCCGCGGACCGAUCACGACACCUGCUCGGCCGGCGCCGGUCAAAGCGCGACCCCCGAAAGAUCUGGUGCACCUGCAUGCUGCACCGAAGCCUGCGCCAGCGGCUGUGCCCCGGCCCAAACCGCAGCGGAUGGUCGAGCUGAAUCACGUGGAGCUGCCUGCUGAGAAGCCUGUUUCUGUGCGGCCAAGAACUAGCAGCGGGGGGAGUGUGAAGGAUCUGGUGAAGGGAUUCGAGUCGAUGCAGCAGCAGAAGGAGCCGCUGAAGAGAGCGCGGAGUGUUGUUGAUCUGAGGGGGAAGGGCACUGGGCGCCCUGCGUGGAGGUGA